ACAAAACGUCAUUCGAGUGCAGUGUGUGGGCUUCCAUUGUUAAAACAAUUUGUUGAUCCUUGUUUGAAGAAAGUUCUAUUCAGAAGUGAGUGACCUGUCAGGUUCGAGAUCAAUCAAAAUGCUACGAUCAAUUAUUUUUGUGACCCUGUUUGCGGCGUGUUUUGGAAGCUACAUUCAGGCGCGCCACGACGAUGAGGAGGUGGCAGAAACUGAGCAUCAUCACAACAUCGAACACAAACAUGCCACCUCGCAUCAGAGCUUCAAGUUCCAUCACUUUCACGCUGUGCCGGUCUACGUCAAGAAGGAGGAUCAGCACUUCCUGAAGCACCCGAUCGAGGUGUCCGGCGUUAAGCACAAUCUCAAGCUGGUACAUCCGGAAACCGAACACAACCAUAACCACGGACUGACGCUGGAGAACCACAGCGAGUUCGACGACAAACUGCACGGAGGGCACAGCUUCGAUUUGGGCCACGCUGGAACGGAACACGUGUCGCAUGAUUUUGACCAUCACGAUUUCGAACAUCACUACGCUCAUGGAGCGGAACACGAGGAGAGCUAGACUGGACCUACUGGAUCGCUUCCGGUCAGAAACUUAGCGGGGCUUAGCCAACAUCGAUUGGCUGUGAAACCCCUAAAACAUGUAUUCUUGUGAUAUAGUCAGUUACUCGAUAAGUAUUGUUUCUUUAAUUGUUAUCAUUGGAUUAUUUCCAUUAUUGUUAUCGCAUGAGCUAGCAUGACUACACCCAGCUUAUUUCUCUUAUUUCGCGCGAAAUAGUUAAGUUAUAAAAAUCGAACUGUUUUUCUUCAUUGUCAUUUGUUAUCCGUAUACCAGCAAUCACCUUCAUAUGAAAAGUGAUAAAUUAUUUCACAAUCAAAAA